UGAACAAUAAAAGCCACCGAUGCUAUGAAAAACUGCAUCACUAUCCAAUCAGUCCGGUAACAGCGAAUAACAGGAUAUAGAAAAACAUUUUUAAAAAGUAGUUAGUGAAAGAAAAAUAAUGAAUUUUAAAUUGUAUACUUUCCUGGCAAUCACCUUGACCAUUUGGGUCUGCGGUGCCGCGGCACCAGCACGCACGAAUCCGCCCACUGUGCGUCCACAACCACCACCUCGGCCAAUACGUGUACGGCGUGAUGUAGCUACCGCUGGCAGUGUUGCCACAAAUGCCAAUGGCGGGCACGAUGUUAGAUUGGAGGCCGCUAAGGGUAUCGGAACCUCAAAUGCUAAUGUGAUUGCUAGCGUGGCUGCGGCGGGCAACACCAAAGGUGGACCGGUCACCACCAGCGGCAGUCUGGCAGCAAAUCUGCACGGACUCGGCGCCUCCAUCAGCAAGGAGCAUACACCCGGUUAUGGUACCACGCUCACCAAGAGUGCGAGCGCCAGUGUCCUCUUAAAUGAAAACAAUCGUUUGGAUGGGUCGGUUUUCAAGUCGAAUUCCAAUUUGGCGAAUGGCAUUGAAUUUGAGAAGAAUGGUGGUUCGUUGGCUUUGAGCAAUGCUGCUGGUCAUGGUAUAUCUAUUGCUAAAGAGACUAUACCCGGUUUCAGUAACUCACUAACAAAGUCUGCACAUGCCACACUCUUUAAUAAUGGUCAACACAGCGUGGGCGCCAGCGUGUUUGAUGCAAAGAAGUCUUUCGAUUUUGGCCCUACCAUCCGUGAAACUGGUGGCAACCUUAAUUGGGCGCAUGCAGGUGGGCACGCUGCUAAUUUGGGUCUAUCCAAAGUGCAUGAUGUUGGUACGAAAUUUAAUUACGGCGCAAGUUCCAAUCUCUUUACCUCAGCCGAUCGCCAAACGAGAUUAGACUUUAAUGCAGGAGGUUCACGUUGGUUGAAUGGUCCGCUAAGUGGCCGAAAUGACUUCAAUACCGGUUUCGGACUUUCGCAUAGUUUCCCUAACUGGGGUUAAGAGUUUCCAUGGUGAUAUAUUAGGAAUAUGCAAUUUAUAAUACACUGUAAAUUUGGGAAAAGUACUUAAAUAAAUAUGUCUUAAUCGCAAAUUCAAAA